UUCACGUGCAUUAACACUAUCACUGAGCGAAGCCUAGCCUGACACAUGAGCACAUGCACAAGAUCAGCAGCCAUUUCCUUACAAGACCUCAACAAGUAAAUAAUGGCCUUGAGCAGUGACGAGUUUACACUCUUUAAUGAGACUGAAAGCAGUCAGGAUGACUUUCCACUGUCGGCACUCGAAUGCUAUUGUGCUGCUGCCAUUAUUCUUUUCUUCUGCAUCAGCCUGUCCGGAAACAGCUUCCUGUUGUGGGUCCUCCGAAAAGAACAAGCUUGGAAGAUCACUCCCGAUAUCUUACUUCUGCAACUUACAAUAGCUAACCUUUGCAUCACUGUGACCUUGCCAUUUGAGGCCUGUAAUUUACUCCAUAGCUGGAUCUUUGGAGAGUGGGCCUGUGGAUUCAUGACAGCAGUUUAUUAUCUAGGAAUGUACGCCUCUAUUUUAAUCCUCACUGUCAUGUCAUUGCAUAAUUAUUUUUCUUUUGUUCAGGUUUCAUGUCUGUGUGCACAGGUCUCAAGAAAAUGUGGUGUCCUCAUUACUAGCAUCUUGGUAUGGCUGGUAUGUGCUGCUGCAAGCAUUAAGCAGUUCAUGUGUACCGAAGUCAUAUUUGAGGUUCAAGUGUGUCUGUUUGCAUGGACCCAAGCUGAAUUCUACACAGAGUUUUGCCUUUUUUUUCUCAUUCCUUUCCUUGUCACUACUGUCUGUCAUGUCCACAUGUGGAUAAUGAUGAAACAGGGCAAGAUAAACAGGCACCAACUGCCUUCAAAAGUGAUUUUAGGGGUAACUUUUGGGACUUUUCUUUGUUUGACUCCUCUGCAUGUCUGGGACUCUGUAAUGUCAUUUAUAAUCUGGGGUUUUUUGAAACAUACACAUGCAGUGAUGGAAGCAUUGCACUUUUCAUGGUUUAUCCUUUAUCCUCUGUCUCAGUUCUGCUGUUGCCUUAGUCCUCUGCUCCAUAUAAUUGGAGCACAAAGUUUUAGGAGGUAUCUCCCCAUGCUACGUAAUCCUUUAUCACAAAGCAGAGACGUUAGUAACGAUGGGAGUUCAGUUGCAUUCAUUACUCUGAAAACCACUGAAGAAAUGUGAAUUUGUGAUGCUUAGCACUAACUAUGCAUUAGAUUUUAGUUCAGAUAAGAUAUUACUAGAUCUCUAAUUAGAUUAGAUAAAAACAAACAACAAUUAAAUUGAAUGGCAGCUGUUUAUAACAGAGACUGAAUUUUGUUAAUGAUAUUAUGCAGUGGUUAGUGCUGACAAAUAUACCAAAGAUACGCAAACCGCCAAACUUUACAACAAAGCCAGGUUUCUUGUGCCUCAUUCAUUUGUGAGUGAGGUUGCUGGAGUAUUAAACUUGAGAGGCUCAACAGUUCCAUGUAUUUAGCUUUCUAACAGGAAACAUGCAUAAUUUUGUUCUAAUAGUUUUGCAUUUUUCAAAUAAAGUUUUUUUUUCUCCAACAGAAUGCCUAGUUUAUUUUAACUAUUAUAAGUUAACCUAGUUUUUUUGCUUUUUAAGAGUGUGACCGUGAUAAAAAACAUCCAAUACUGGUUUAUGUUUCACAACCUUUUCACUUUAAAGAAAGGGGCUGGUGGACCUUGGAUGACCUCGUGUAAUGUGUAACGUGCUGUGAUUCAUGACGUUUCGUUUUUUUAUAUAGAUAUCCGUCCAGAUCUAAUUUCUGAUCAAACUCUACUGUGAUCAAGAUUGUUUUUAUUUUAAUUAUCAUCUUUUGCAUAUUUGCCUUAGCUUAUAUAUUUUAUCUAUCUUACAUGUUUUUUUAUUUGCAAGUCAAAAAAUGUAUGUUUCUGAAAUCUGAAUCUCAUUCCUGCAUUUCAUUUGCUGUUUUUGUAUAAAUGAAAAUGUUUCUGAAA